GCUUCUUCGAAUGGAACUGGUGGAUCCACACCAUUCAGAGACCUAACUAAUACCAUCAACACAAUCAAUGCUGGUGGACACAUGACAUCCAAUGCGCAGCAACCUCAACUCUUAGAUCCAAAAGAACGUAAAAGGCAAAGGGACAGGGAUCGAUAUGCACAAAUGUCGGUCGAACGGAAAGAAGAAUUAUUAAAAAAGCGUCGUGAAGCCCGUCAGCAAAAGAAAGUUGCAACCAUUAGCAAUGUUGAACGCCAUCAACCAGGACAAUCCGCACUCAGCGAGCUACGAUACACUCCAACUUCAGAAGGAGCCACCACAAGCAACCAGGAAAAUAUGCCUCCUAUCGAAAGUAUUGACUGGCUACAUAGAAACGAUACGUACCAGAGGCAACGAGUGAAUAUGUUAUUCGAGUGCCAAGAAAACAUCUUGGUUGGUACUCAGACAACAGUUUCCACUAUUCAACUGUCAGGUGACUUCACACCACCUGCUGGAAAGAUGGUUGGCCAAGAAAGCAUCUUGAAUUGCAGUCAGUCCCCAACUUGCUCUAUCAUAAGUACAUUGAACAAUAAUCUGUAGCUAUAUUUUAAUAUUUCAAUUCAAA